CCACUGUAGGACAACCAAAAACAACGUGGGAACAGUUGAUACUCGUAUCGCUUUUGGUUGAGCCGGUCGCACAUUUGAAUUCGGACAAACUCAGAAGUACUCGAAAGUUUCAAAAUGAUAACCGCGGAAGAAGUCACAAUAAGACAUUUUAGACUUAAAGUUAAUCUAUCCAAGUUUUUCCAAGAUGCGCGGAAAUUCUGCUGGAUUUUCAUUAACGGAACGAAAAUCCGACAGGUUAUGCACAUAAAACAACACAUUAGCUCUGUAUUUAACAUCACAGAACCGUUUCAUUUGUUGUUGAACGACGCAGAAUAUUUGCCGCCAAAUGAAGAUGUGCGAAUACUUAAGGAAAACGAAACGAUUCUAGUAGUCCCAGGUUCAGGUAUAGAUAACGAGAAUGUUAACAAAACUGAGAUGCACAAUAGAUACAUAGUUAUUGGACAAGAUAAGAAAGAUCAAACAAGAAACGAUCUCAAAGCAGAGAUAGUUAAUGGUGAAACACCAUCAUCUCAUCAUGUGAACACUACAGCAUUAAGCCAUACCUUGAACAAUACACGAUUCUCAAUAAAUAAUACUACAGCAGACAUGACUUUUUAUAGCAUGAAGGAUGAAACAGUAAUUGAGAACCUUGAAGAAAAUGAUUCUAAAUUUUCAGAUAAUAGUAUAAUGGAGGAUACUCAUAUGUUAGAUGUUUCUAAAUCUCUAAAAAUAACGUCAAGUUCACAAGAUAACACAUAUUAUACUGAGGAUACCGAAGAAGAAGCGGAUUCUAAAGAUACAGAAGACACUAAAGUGAAAAAGGAAAUAAAUCUAGGAAACUUUCUUGUUCCAAAAAGAAAACGCGUGCGAAAACGAAAACCAAGAAUUCGAUCUCAAUCGCACAUAUUACAUUCAGAUAUCAAUGAUGAGGAAAAGGCAAAGAAGCCGAGAAUUAUAGACUCUUAUAUUAUUCCCUCUGGAAAACAUAUUAAAUUUAACAUAGAAGAUGACGAGAAUGAUGUUGCAAAAAAGAUAGUUCAGGAAGUAUCGGGAAAUGAAUCUUCCGUCGGCAUUUAUAAAGAUUUAAAAGAUUUCCCGUCCAGAGAAAGUAGUCUUUCGACACUUUUGGCAUUAAGACAAUGCUCAACACCAAAAACGUAUGUUAAUAACAAGAUAAAAGUAAUUAGAGUGGAAAGUUUACCCAAUAAUGAAAUAAAAACCAAUAUGCCAAAUGUAAUUAAGAUAGAAAAUGUUAAGAACGUAGAAAAGAACACUUGUGAUAACUCAACUGACAAAGAAAUACAUAAAGAAAGUUUGAAAGAUUCCGAAUUUUCUGUGGAAAAUUGUCCAGUCAUAAGUAGAAAACCACAAGUUGAAGAUAUUAUUGCUUUUAAAACGUUGAAAAUUGGAACAGACUUCACACCACAACUAUCCAAUUUUAUUGUAGCCAAAGUGAUGAAAUUUUGUGCGCAGUCCUUAACCUAUACUCUUAAAAUAAUUAAUGGCAAAGAAGAGGUUCAAGUACCGUUUGGAAAAUUCUCUGUUUCUGAAGAUGAAUCUGUGUCGGAAAAUGACACAGAUACGUUUAAACUUAAUUACUCACAGAUGCAAGAUCUACGUUUAGUUGUGUAAUCUUCCGUUUUGUAUUUUGUUAUUCUGCCAUUUUACUUUUCUUUGGCAUUUGAAGCGCAACAUAUUGUUUUUAUUUUGUCACGUGGAUAUUGCAUUACGGCUCUAUGAUAAUAUUAAUCAUAAUAUUAACCACGUUAUGUUUUCGUACAUCUAUUAUCACAUGAUAUUUUUAACUUUAUACUCUUAUGACUUGUAUGUGUGAUAAUUUGAUUUGAGUUGAUUUUUAUUAUUAAAAAGUCGUCCAACGUAAUUUUUACUUUUGAACUAACUUUUUUGUGAUGUUGCGCUUUUAUAAAAUGGUAGAAAUAUUAUUUCUCUGUUCGUGCGCGUUUGUUCGAGUACGUUUAUAUUUUCA